UAACACGUUCGUGGACAGUAACGACCACAGGCGUCUAGAUAGCUACAAAUGAUACGACAGUACGCCUGUCGACGUAUCAUUUUUUACUUGGAUAAAAUCAGUACGCCUCACGACGACCGAUUUUUCAUACUAUCAGAAGGAACGGCAUGUUGUACUGUCACCACAGGUAUAAUUACGACUUUUGUACUGUCACUGCAUUAUUUAAAAAAAAAUGUCAAAGAAAGUACUUCCACGCACACAUUCGUAUUUUUAUACUCCCCUCCCCACUCACACUACGCCCGUGAGCGUCGUGUUUACAUACGAUCAGUCGCGUACUGCGCCGCUGCGGUGAUCCUGCGUGUCGCUACAUGUUUUCGCGCGCAACUGUUGUUUAGAAAAUGGCGUCUCGAGACUCGUUCGAAAAAGAACAAAAACGACUCCAAGACUUAUUUGAUGCAGCUUCUACCCCUGAAUCGAGUCAAGACCCAUUUGCUGAUGAUGGUGACUAUGGAUCUGAUGAUGAGUACUUACCAUCCCGUGUUGAAUCCACGAGUUCAGAGGACGAAACUCAAGCCUCAAAAUCAAGACGCAUACGACAGGUUACAGCUACUACAUCAUCUGGUGAGUCAAUAUCCUCUUUGUCUAGUGAUGCAGAUGAUGAUGCUGACAAAUCAUCAUAUAAUAUUGACUCGACCCUCGACGGAAAUGGUGAAAAUAUUGAAGUCACACGAAAUACUGAUUGCCCUGUAGACCUAAUACAAGAACCUGUCCCAGUGAUAACUGAUCUGCCUUUGAAUGACGAAGAAUACCCUAACCUGUCACCACUAGACCCCUCUGAUCAGCUAAACUCUGUCAGUGUUGGUCCUAGAAGAUCAAACACACCAAUCAGAGAGGAAUUAUGGUCUCAGACGAUAACUGAUAUACCCGAUUUUCAUUUUGAUAACUCUCAAUGUGGUAUAACCGUGAAUGUUGAUAGCAUGAACCAAGUAAUUGACUUUUUCCAUCUUGCAUUCCCGCAAAGUGCCAUCGAAUAUCUGGUAAACUGUACUAAUAAUUAUGGAAACGCUCUAUGCAACACGAAUAGGCCUCAUACCAGAUAUAGCCGCAAAAUAGUAUAUCGUGAGACCACCUGUGAAGAAAUGAUGAAAUUUCUUGGGAUUACGCUUCUCAAAGGUCACAUUAAAUGUCCUAAACAAAGAAGUCUCUUUUCAUUAUCGGAUGUACUAUAUUAUCAUCCCAUAUUUAGCUUUAUAAUGUCAGGACGACGAUAUGAGCAAAUUUUGCGCUGCAUCUGUGCAUCGGAAUUAGAUGCUAAAGGAGAAAAUAAGAUUGCAAAAUUCAUUGAUAUGUUGACACUAAACUUUCGUAAAAUUUACAAUGCUGGUGAAGAGCUGUCGCUGGAUGAGUCGCUUCUUCUGUUUCGAGGUCGAUUGAGUUUUCGCCAGUACAUCAAGUCGAAAAAAGCUCGCUACGGCAUCAAAUUCUAUGAGCUUACUACUUACGAUGGUUAUGUGCUAAAUGUAAAGAUGUAUUCGGGAAAGGAAGCGACAACAUCAAAUACAGGCGAAUCUGAAUCUAAGACAGAAAAACUUGUCAUGAGGUUAAUGCGUCCAUACUUGCUACGUGGACAUCAUCUUUUCAUGGACAAUUUCUAUAAUUCUGUGAAAUUAUCACUGAAAUUGCUUGACUUGAAAACUCAUUCUACCGGUACCUUGCGUUCAAAUCGUAAAGAAAAUCCUAAGAAUAUUGCAAAUAAAAAGGUGAAGAAAGGUGAGCACGUGUGGGCACGCAAGGGCAAGGUGUAUGUUUCAAAGUGGAAGGACAAACGUCCAGUCUUGAUGAUUACCACUAAGGUUCAUCCCUCUCUUGUUGAAGUGAGAAACAGAUAUGGCAAGACCAAAUUGAAACCUGCAGAAGUUGAUCUUUAUAACCGACAUAUGUCCGGUGUAGAUAGGUCCGAUCAAAUGGUAUCCUACUACUCAUGCCCUCGGAAAACAAUAAGGUGGUAUAAAAAGGUGCUGUUUCACUUCUUGGAUAUUGGAGUUUGGAAUGCAUACUUCUUAUUCAAAAAAUAUAAGAAAAACAAUGCCAACUCAUAUAAUUACGUAAACUACCGAGAAGAAUUGAUUAAGGUAAUGAUUGGGAUCAGUAAUCUGAAAAUAAAAGGAAGAGACAUAAUCAAUAAAAACAGUAUUCAUGAUAGCAGGCGUUUCCGACCCAGUACUUCAUCUGCUCCUCAACCGGAAAAUAGUUCUGUAACUGAAAAUUUAAUGAGUGGCCACUGGCCAGAGCAAGUACCAUCUCGACCUGGAACAACGAAAAAGUUUGCCUUCCUAAAGUGCAAAGUUUGUAGUAAAAACAAAAUUCGUAAAGAAACGAGCUAUCGCUGUAAAGGGUGUCCAGAUAAACCUCCAUUAUGCCCAUCUUGCUUCGAAAUUUACCAUGAAAGUAUAAGGACUGAUGAAUAAAGAUUUCAGAAUAUUUUUUAUUCAUUAUAAUCUUAUUGUUAGAUGGAUAUGUAAGUUGUUUAGAUUAUAACAAUAAAACUGAUUUCAAUGUAACUGGUUUUGAUAUCCAGGUUCCUAACGUACAAAUUGUAAGACUGAUAUUAUAAUUAUAAUAAUGUUAAUUUUAAAAAGAUUUGUUUUGCGUUUAGUUUAUUUUCAGUUUGCAGUUUGUUUUGUUUGUUAAUUACAUAGAAGUAAUAGGAAGUGAUUAUGUUGUUUCCUAAAUAAAACUACGUUUUGAUUAA